CAUAACUUUUGCUGGCCAAGAGGUCGGUUUGGUCGUUUGUUUCGCUCAUAAUAGUCUCCGAAGGGUAAUAACAACACAGAAGUAGUUUUAGUUCCCUUUCUUUCACUCACAGAGAUCUAAAAGAACAAAAAACAAAAACCAGCUCGUGCUUGUACUUUGCGCGAUGAAUCUCCUUUGAAGAAAACAGAAACUUCAAAAAGCACAUUAUUUUCUCUUUUGAACACACUCUGUUUUUUUUGUUGUUUCCAUGAAGGAAGGUGAAAAGGUAUUGGAUCCGCAGCUAUGGCACGCGUGUGCAGGUGGCAUGGUUCAGAUGCCGCAAAUGAACUCCAAAGUCUUCUACUUCCCACAGGGUCACGCCGAACACGCCCACACCAACAUUCAUCUGAGGCUUCCACCAUUCAUUUUAUGCAACGUUGAAGCAGUUAAGUUCAUGGCGAACCCAGAAACCGACGAAGUGUUCGCGAAGCUGAGUUUGCUUCCUCUCAGAAACUCGGAACUCGGUGCUGACUCGGACGGUGCUGGUGGUGAUGACGUGGCAGAACCUUCUUGUUGUGAAAAGCCUGCGUCUUUCGCUAAGACUCUGACUCAGAGCGACGCCAACAAUGGUGGGGGGUUUUCGGUUCCGCGGUACUGCGCGGAGACAAUUUUCCCGCGUCUGGACUACACGGCGGAGCCGCCGGUGCAGACGGUGGUGGCGAAAGACGUGCACGGCGAGACCUGGAGGUUCCGGCACAUCUACCGAGGGACGCCACGUAGGCACUUGCUGACCACAGGGUGGAGCAGUUUCGUGAACCAGAAGAAACUCGUGGCUGGGGAUUCCGUUGUGUUUCUGAGGGCUGAGAAUGGUGAUUUGUGUGUUGGGAUUCGGAGGGCAAAAAAGGGAAUUAGCGAGGGUUCAGGUUCAGGUUCAUCAUCUGUGUGGAGUUCAGCUUCUGGGUCUGGAAAUGGAAAUUGUGGGAUUGGGCCUUAUGGGCCUUUUUCUUUUUUCUUGAAAGAAGAAAACAAAAUGUUAAGGAAUGGUUGUGGUGGGAAUUUGAGUGGAAGGGUGAAAGUGAGGGCUGAGGAUGUUGUUGAAGCUGUGACUCUUGCUGCUAGUAAUAAGCCUUUUGAGGUUGUGUAUUACCCAAGAGCUAGUACUCCUGAGUUUUGUGUUAAGGCUUCUGCUGUGAGGGCUGCUAUGAGGAUUCAGUGGUGUUCUGGGAUGAGGUUCAAGAUGGCCUUUGAGACUGAGGAUGCUUCAAGGAUAAGUUGGUUCAUGGGAACCAUUGCUUCUGUUCAGGUUGUUGACCCCAUCCGCUGGCCUAAUUCCCCUUGGAGGCUUCUUCAGGUUACUUGGGAUGAGCCAGAUUUACUACAAAAUGUGAAGCGUGUUAGCCCGUGGCUUGUUGAGUUGGUAUCUAACAUUCCACUCAUCAAUUUCACACCCUUCUCUCCACCAAGAAAGAAGCUGCGGCCACAACACCCAGACUUCCCCCUUGAUGUUCAAUUUCCAAUACCAAUGUUUUCAGGCAACCAGCUUGGGCCUAACAGCCCCUUGUGUGGUUUUUCGGAUAAUGCUCCUGCAGGGAUACAGGGAGCCAGGCAUGCUCAAUUUGGAAAAUCUCUAUCAGAUCUCCACCUUAACAAUAAACUGCAGUUGGGGAUGCUUCCAACUAAUAUCCAUCAACUUGGAGUGUAUAAUGAGAUUUCAAAUGGUAACAUGAUGACCAACCAUGAUAAGAGCAAAGAAAGUUUAUCAUGCUUUCUGACCAUGGGGAAAUCUACCAAGAGUUUGGAGAAAUCUGAUGAUGUUAAGAAACACCAGUUUUUGCUUUUUGGUCAACCAAUUCUCACUGAGCAACAAAUUUCUAGCUGUUCUGGAGAUGUGUUGUCUCACCGAAAAAGAUCGGUAAGUGAUGAUAAGGACAAAGCGAAGUGCCUUAUGGAUGACUCGCAAUCUACACUCUCACAGCAGUUUUCACCAGGAAAAGCAUCUUCUGCUGAGUUCUCUUGGCAACUUGGCUUGGAUACUGGUCAUUGCAAAGUUUUCUUGGAGUCGGAAGAUGUAGGAAGGACCCUAGACCUAUCGCUGUUUGGUUCUUAUGAAGAUCUGUAUAGGAGACUUGCCAUCAUGUUUGGGAUUGAAAGGUCUGAGAUUUUGAACCAUGUGCUCUACCAUGAUGCAGCUGGUGCUGCUAAGAAAACCGGAGAAGAACCCUUCAGUGACUUCAUGAAGACAGCAAAAAGAUUGACAAUUCUGACGGAUUCAGGCAGCAAAAACAUUAAAAGGGCCUUUAUUACAGGAACUCGUAAUGGUGAACAUGGACUAGAUGCAUCAAACAAAACAGGCCCUCUGAGCAUAUUUGCUUAAAAUAUGCUAUAGAUAGCAUCUGAGACAUUGUUGAGAUCUGAGUAGUUGAAGGACAGUCCUAACUCUAUUUACCUCUGCAAAGACUGAACAUGAGCUGAAUCUUUUAUCAUGGUUGUUACUAUUGUGUACUAAAAACAAUAUCUAUCAAGGUUGGCUUAGUUGUUUAUUAGUGUACAAAUAAUGAUGCCAUUAUCAUGGUCAACUGUUAUUGUAAUAUUAACCAAGAUUUGAACCCCAUUUGGCAACUUGCUUCUUUUCUUUUCCUUAUUUUUUUGUUCAUUGUGCUCUCACACUCACAUGCUGCUGCCUACGUGUCUCCACGUCACCAGUGCUCAAUAAAUUGUGCAAAGUUGGUAUAA